CGCGGCGCCUGCGCAGAAGGCUGUAGACGCUGUGAAGCAAGAGGCACUUGGGAUCGUACGCAGGAUUGGGACUGCUACAGAGGCCGCCACGGAGCCCGCCGGAGCCACCGUUCCUACUGCUGCUGCCGCCGCUGCCCGAAUCGGAACCGUCGGGCCGCAGCCGCCGGCAAUGCCGCGAAGGAAGAGGAAUGCAGGCAGUAGUUCAGAUGGAACCGAAGAUUCCGAUUUUUCUACAGAUCUCGAGCACACAGACAGUUCAGAGAGUGACGGCACAUCCCGGCGAUCUGCCCGAGUCACCCGCUCCUCAGCCCGACUAAGCCAGAGUUCCCAAGAUUCCAGUCCUGUUCGAAAUUUGCAGUCUUUUGGCACUGAGGAGCCUGCUUAUUCUACCAGGAGAGUGACCCGUAGUCAGCAGCAGCCUACCCCAGUGACUCCGAAAAAAUACCCUCUUCGGCAGACUCGUUCAUCUGGCUCAGAAACUGAGCAAGUGGUUGACUUUUCAGAUAGAGAAACUAAAAACACCGCUGAUCACGAUGAGUCUCCACCUCGAACGCCAACUGGAAAUGCCCCUUCUUCCGAGUCUGAUAUAGACAUCUCCAGCCCCAACGUUUCUCACGAUGAGAGCAUUGCCAAGGACAUGUCCUUGAAGGACUCAGGCAGUGAUCUCUCUCAUCGCCCCAAGCGCCGCCGCUUCCAUGAAAGCUACAAUUUCAAUAUGAAGUGUCCUACACCAGGCUGUAACUCCCUAGGACACCUUACAGGAAAACACGAGAGACAUUUCUCUAUAUCAGGAUGCCCUCUCUAUCAUAAUCUCUCAGCUGAUGAAUGCAAGGUGAGAGCACAGAGCCGGGAUAAGCAGAUAGAAGAAAGGAUGCUGUCCCACAGGCAAGAUGACAACAACAGGCAUGCAACCAGGCACCAGACACCAACAGAGAGGCAGUUGCGAUAUAAGGAAAAGGUUGCUGAACUCAGGAAGAAAAGAAAUUCUGGGCUGAGCAAAGAACAGAAAGAGAAAUAUAUGGAACACAGGCAGACCUAUGGGAACACUCGGGAACCUCUUUUGGAAAACCUGACUAGCGAGUAUGACUUGGACCUUUUCCGAAGAGCACAAGCCCGGGCUUCAGAGGAUCUGGAGAAGUUAAGGCUGCAAGGCCAAAUCACAGAGGGGAGCAACAUGAUUAAAACAAUUGCUUUUGGUCGCUAUGAGCUUGAUACGUGGUACCAUUCUCCCUAUCCUGAGGAAUAUGCACGACUGGGACGUCUUUACAUGUGUGAAUUCUGUUUAAAAUACAUGAAGAGCCAAACAAUACUCCGCCGACACAUGGCUAAGUGUGUGUGGAAACACCCACCCGGAGAUGAGAUAUAUCGCAAAGGUUCAAUCUCUGUGUUUGAAGUGGAUGGCAAGAAAAACAAGAUCUACUGCCAAAACCUGUGCCUGUUGGCCAAGCUUUUUCUGGACCACAAGACAUUAUAUUAUGAUGUGGAACCCUUCCUGUUCUAUGUUAUGACAGAAGCAGACAACACUGGUUGUCAUCUGAUUGGAUAUUUUUCCAAGGAAAAGAAUUCAUUCCUCAACUACAAUGUAUCCUGUAUCCUUACCAUGCCUCAGUACAUGAGACAGGGCUAUGGCAAGAUGCUCAUUGAUUUCAGUUAUUUGCUUUCCAAAGUGGAAGAAAAAGUUGGCUCCCCAGAGCGUCCACUCUCAGAUCUGGGGCUCAUAAGCUACCGCAGUUACUGGAAAGAAGUGCUUCUUCGUUACCUGCAUAAUUUCCAAGGCAAAGAGAUUUCUAUCAAAGAAAUUAGCCAGGAGACAGCUGUGAAUCCUGUGGACAUUGUCAGCACUCUGCAAGCCCUUCAGAUGCUCAAAUAUUGGAAAGGAAAACACCUAGUUUUGAAGAGACAGGACCUGAUUGAUGAGUGGAUAGCCAAAGAGGCCAAAAGAUCCAACUCCAAUAAAACCAUGGAUCCAAGCUGUUUAAAAUGGACCCCUCCCAAGGGCACUUAAAGUGACCGGUUACUCCGAGCCAGCGAACCCCAGCAGUAGGAAUCCGUACCCUAGGGAUCUGUCUGUCAUUUCUGUUGCUCUUGUGAUUGGCAAGUACAGUAUCCUUUGGGAAGGCCAUCCCCCUCAGGACUGUCCUGGCUCCGACCUUCGUGUACACUGCAGACGCUGGUUCUGAGGAACUGUUGUUUCGGCCUCAGUGAGGUUGCCUGGAUGGGAUCUGUAUUAGACUUGAGUGCAGAUCCCUCGUAGCACUGACCCAAGGUGUUCUGUUUUGGUACUGUACCUGUCCAGUCACUGGUUCUCUCCUCUGGCCCCAUGAGGUUGUGUCGUGUCUUCUAAACUUUGUAAUAGUGCUUCUUCUUGCCGCCCAGUCACCAGACCACCAACUACGGUUACUGCCACCAGGACAUUCCCAGUUACUCCUUACCUGUGUUCUUGGAGGGGCAGGGAAGAGGUAACACUUCUGAGUGUGUGUGUGUGCUGGGAGGGGUCCCUUCCCUUUGGAUUUCAUCUCACUUUAAGUUUUUUCCUCCAUUUUAACUGAAAGACCUGUUUUUGAUCAGUAUCAGGCUGACCAGAGCCAAAUACUUUUUUUUUUUUUUUUUUUUUUUUUUUUGCGGUACGCGGGCCUCUCACUGUUGUGGCCUCUCCCGUUGCGGAGCACAGGCUCCAGACAUGCAGGCUCAGCGGCCAUGGCUCACGGGCCCAGCCGUUCCGUGGCAUGUGGGAUGUUCCCGCACCGGGGCACGAACCCGCGUCCCCUGCAUCGGCGGGCGGACUCUCAACCACUGCGCCACCAGGGAAGCCCCGAGCCAAAUACUUUUGAAGACUCGCAGGGAUUAGUCUUGGUUACAGCACAUUAUCUGAGUGAGAUGGAGAAAAGAAUGGAGAAGUGGUGAUUCUGUAUUUGGAUUUGAGUUCACCUGUGGGCAGUGGGCAACGUCUUGGUGGAAGGGAAUGGAAUACUACUUUUUGCCUCACCAGAAAGUGCCCAGUGGUAAAUGUUUUCUUCUCUUUACUCCCUGCCCGUCUUUACGUUUGCAGGUGCCAAAAUACUUUCCAGUUCUCCCUUUCAUGCUGCAUGUUAACUGGUUAAUUAUACUGCAGAAACCUUUUCACCAGUACCAGUCUGAUAUAGCAUACCUAUACUUCCACAUAAGUUACACUGCUUUUGUCUGAACAUCCUUGGAGAAGUGAUUGAAAAUGACUUCCGUGUCUCAGCCCAUGACUCAGCAAGGCAGAAUGGCCACCCCUGCCAAGGUUUGCUUCCCUUUUCAACAGUGCCUCACCCUCCCUCUAAGACUGAAGUGCUUAUGCCCUUCCAAGAACUCCUCCUCCAUUUCCUUUUUGGGAUUUACCACCAUCCCCCCAUUCUCUGGUCUCCUAUUUUUGGUGGUGUUUAAGUGAAGGAAGAGAUGCUCCCUCUAAUUUCUCUCUAGCCCGUUAUAACCUGCUAUCUUGGGGCAGCUUUUGAUGUAUGACAUGUCACCCUUUCCAACUUGGUCUCUGCAACACCGCUGUCUUCAUGUGGAACCCUCACCACAAUCCCAACUCUGGUCAUUUGUGCCUUUCUCUUGUCAUCUUUGUACACUACUUAUAUUCACUGUGGGUUGGGGGGAGCUAAUUUUAAGCAUGUUCAGUGGCAGCUCCCUGCCAGUUUCAGUGUCACUGUUAAAAUUUAUCCAAAAGCAACUUCACUGGGGGUUUUCUUAAGGGGUAAAGGCCUUUUACAGAAGCUAAUCCUUCCCCACAUGUGGUAGAAUGUGCUGUUCUAUAUCUACUCCUCAAUAAAGCAUGUUCUC